CGAACUAAAAAAACAACAACAUUACAAUAACUUUGAGUGCCCAUUAACAGGUGGAGAUUUUUUUACUUUUUUUGCAGUGUGUUCUCCAUAGCCCUGCUAUAAUUAGACUCGCUGUCAGGCGUUGAAUACCGACUUGCAGACAAAGCCUUUGUGCUCCAGCUGAAGCCGCUCAUUGCACCCACGCUGCUGGAAGAAGAAGAAGAAGUCAGGUACGUCUUUGGUGAUCCAAAAUUGAAAUAUCAACCUUUUAUGUUCUUCUUGGUACAAAAGGAAAGAACAGAAUAUGUUUUCAUUUUUUAUACAUUUUGAAACUCGGACUUUGCUGAAACGGUUUGAAAUACUGACAUGGUGAUGAGAAGGUUUCCAUAGGAGACUUUAUAUCUUCGAGAAGGAAUUGAGAUUCAUUCUUUACCUCAUUGCUUUAUCUCAUUAAGUUAUGCAGACAUUUGUCAUAUGUCUUAUCACAUGUCCUAGUCUCAACUGCAAGGCCUGCGUGACUUCAUUUUCCGUAACCACCCACUCACAAGAGUUCACAUACUGUAUGUGAACUCUUGUGAACCUGGGGGCAUUUUUUACAUUUCUCACACUAAACUGAUUUAGUGUGAGAAACUUUUUUUAUUGGCAUUGUUGACCAUUUGUUAACAUCUGUGCCUAUAUUUACAAAGUUUAAAAGACUCUUCAGGGGUCACAAGGCAUAUUGAUGUGUGUCUGAUGUCAUGGCGUGCGGUGACUGUGUAUGUGACAUUUCCAAGAAUGCUAUUGCUGCUCGCUCCCUGCUUUUUCCUUGUUUUAUCUCUCUAACUUUCUCGUUUCUUACCAUGUGUUGUUGUUUCCAAAUAAACGCCUGCCUGUCUUCGCUGCUGUCCCAGAGUGUGGUAGGCUCUGCAGCUACCAAUGGAAAGAGGUGGGGUAAGAGACCGAACCAUAGGGGAUGUCCAGAGAAAAGUUGUACCCAAACAUUUUCCUCAAAGCAAAAUGCAAGGUGAAAAAUCAAAGCAUGUCCAAGACUCUGCAGCCCAUCGCCUUCUUCCCCAUUAUUCCUCAACUCAGCCCAAGCAAACAGGUCUCUACAUCCUCCCAUCAUACUCUGACAUCCUCUUUAAUAACUUUCAAAGCCUUAGAGAGGAAGAGCUUCUCCUGGAUUUCAGUCUUUGCAUUCAAGGCAAGACUUUCCGCUCCCAUGGUCUAGUGCUCGCAGCUGCCAGUGAAUGCCCACAUUUAUUUUUUGGUGUAAAACCAAUCUUUGGACUUGGAAUGAAAGAAAUUCCAGAUUUCCUGACUCCACUAGGAAUUGAGGCUGUUCUGGAGUUUGCAUAUUAUGGACACGUGGCUCUGGGCCACCUUGAAGAAGGAGAGACGGUGGGGGUCCGGAAUGCCUGUGAGUAUCUACAAAUGGACCGGCUGAGGAAGGGGCUCACGCAAAGGGUCACCACUUCUGCUUCGAAGGAGAAAGACAAGAGCUUGGCGCUGAUCAAGGACAUGUGGGACAAAGGAUUAGGAUGUGAUAUAAUAAUACAAGCAGAUACUGGAGAGAGAUAUUCAGCACACCGUGUUGUGCUGGCGGCCGGUGGGGACUACUUCCGGGCGCUGCUGUGUGGCGGCAUGAGGGAGUCCCGGGAGGACACCGUGUGCUUGCGGGGUCUCUCCUCCUGGGUGAUCGAAGCCGUGGUCGGUUUCUUCUACACGGGCCAGCUCGGGUUGAGUUGGGCCCGCAUAUGGGAGCUGACGGACGCGCUGCAUCAGUUCCAGCUGAAGGGGGCGCUGUCGCUCUGCACUGACUUCCUGCAGGGCGGAAUGGACGAGAGCACCUGUCUGGACAUUCUGGUCCUGGCGGAGACAUUUGGGCUUGUCCAGCUGGGACAGGCUGCCGAGGAAUACGUCCUGACCCACUUCCAGCUCGUCUCUGCUGAAGAGAAGUUCAAGGAUAUUCCCUUUGUUCUGUUGGACCGACUGCUGGACAAAGAUUCACUGUGUGUAGACAGAGAGAUUGUGGUGUUCAGGGCAGUAGUGAGCUGGGUAGAGGAGGAACCUAAAGAACGACUCCCGUUCCUGUCCAGCCUGUUGUCCCACGUUCGCCUCCCGCUCUUCACUUCCUCUGAGGUUCCGGAAGCUCUGAGAUGGAAGCUGCUAUACAGAAGCUCCAAGACAAGGGCGGCAUUAGAAACCCUGCAACGACUUGCAAAAGGGGAAAAGGUCGGAUCUGGACGUAAGCCUCGCUCACCAAACCAGGUUCUGGUGUUGGUUGGCGGAGACGCCGUUGACGACGACUUCAUGAAGAGGGUUCCAAGCCGGUCCCUGUGGUAUGCCCAACAGUUUCACCGUGGGCCGGGUCUGAUGAGAAAUAUCGAGUGGAAACUCUUGACGAAGAUCCCUGAGCCGCCUCGGUUCAGACACGCCGUCUGUCUCUUCAACAACAAACUGUACAUCCUAGGAGGACGCAAAUAUUACGGGUCUCUGGAUGUCCUCAAAUCUGCUGCAAGGCUAGACCUGACGCAGUGGAAAUGGGAGCAACUGCCUGACAUGUUGUGCCCAAGGGACUACUUUGCAGCGGUGUGCCUAGACGCAAAGGUUUUUGUUUUGGGUGGUAACUACGACGACAGCCAAUACACGGACGAUGUGCAGUUUUACAGUCCUGAGGAAAACACCUGGAGGUCGGCUCGCCCUCUGGCAGCAGCGGUCUGUGGUCACGCUGCAGCCGUGCUGGACGGUCAAAUCUACGUCUCAGGCGGCUGCGACUCCUAUCACCGUUGCAGCUCCUCGCUGUGGACCUAUCACCCUUCCCGCGGCUGCUUUCCCAGAAGUCCCAUGAGCGUGGGAGGCGGACGUGCUGGACACGUCAUGCUAGCCGUGGGGGGCAGGCUGGUGGUGGCCGGAGGGGUGCAGCCCCUCCAGGUGGGGUUCGGGGACCAGCUGCUCUGUGAGGUUUAUGACCUGGCCUGUGAUUCCUGGUCCUCGUUCCCGGCCUUGCCACGGCCCCAUCUGUCUCCGGGCGGAACUGUGCUGGACGGGUGCCUGUACGUGGUCGGGGGUUCUUCGGCCAACACGGCCAGAGACACCAAGUGGGUGCACUGCUAUGACCCCAAGAAAGAAUGCUGGGAAAACCUGGGUGCUAUGCCUCACCCAUACACUGAUCUGGCAGUUUGUGCGCUGCCACUCUGUAAUACGACUCGUUAACUAAUGACUAAUUAAAACGCCAGAGUAGUUUUGGUUUGGCUCUGUAAAAAGAAUGCCAUGUCAGAAAUGCUUCAUGAUGAAAAUAUAUUUUCAAUUUUAAGGGGAUUAUUGUGGCAAAGAACCUUAAAGUACAAAGUUUUGGAAAACCAAAAAAAACAUUUUUUAAAAAUGCUUCCCAAACACUCAGAGGUCCCUGCAGACCGAGCUUUUGGACAAUAAAGUUUUGGAAGAGUGCUGGAAGCAAUCUGAGACUUAAUUAAAGGGGCAGUAUUAUUUUCCAGCCAUAUAUUGCCAUUUUACAGCGCAACCAAGAAACUAUACUGCUUACAGUUGUAGUAAAAAUGUUAUAUAUAUAGAAUUUGACUUAAAAAGGUGUUGAAUUAUUACUUAAUAAUUUAACGCCUUGAGAUUGAGCCUCUGUUUUUUUACGAAGUCAUUAUUCUUUCUGAGACUCCGCCUUCAGAAAGUCAUCACAACAUCGCUCCUCUAUGAACCCCUUAGCAAAUGUUUUUACCAGAGAAGUAGCUCGUAUGAUGAUGUGAACAGAUGUGCAGUUCUGCCAGAUGUUUGCUAAUUGCUGCUGGCUAGUCAGAAGGAACUGACUGGGGAGGAGCGGUGAGGGAGGGGUGCUCUGUGAGGCGGAAGCUCGGAACCUGCUGCUCCGAGGAGGAGCUUCUUCUAGAAAAGAGGAGGAGCGUCGUCCUUGAAGGCGGGGCUAGGUCCGCCCGGGCGUUUUGCACAGCUAAAUGGAAGAUUAAAGGAUUUCUCAAACAUGCAUGAAAGAAUCAAGGCAACACUCCAUGUGUGCUUUUAAUGAGAGAAUAAAACGAGAACAUGAUGUAGAGCUCAAAAAAGCCAAUUUGACAUGAAGCUGCCCCUUUAAAAGUAAAAAAUUAGACUAAAUACUCUAUGUAGCAGUCGGGUCUGGGCCAGAUCUAGCAUCAGGACGGCACUGCUGACUGACUGUUGUCAUGGCAACCGGUAGUUCAACUGGCACUGGUCAAGUUCUGGCACUGAUGGCACCGACUAUAUGGAGGCAUACCACAAAGGGCCCGAUAAUGGUUUAGUUUACGUGGAUUGAAUCUGUGUGUGCCAUUUCUGGGCCGAUUGUGGGCUGAGCAACUUAUGCUGCCCACAACCUGCAUGUGCUUAUUAUGAACCUUAGAGAAUUAAUUUCUACGGGGUUUUUUUUUCGUACCUUCAGUGGUAGCUCACCCAAUGAGAAAGAGAAAACCAAACAUUGUGGGUUUUUGGCAGUGUUUGUAUUUUUCAUCAACUGUUCAUCUGUUGUCUGCCAUAGUUAUCUUUUGUUCUGUUUCUGCCACAUUUGCUUUAUUUUAGAUCCGUCUCCCCCGCUGUUUAUUUACUCAUGUCUACGUUUUCUUUUGUUAGUCAUUCCUUUCACUGUUAGAUUAUCUGACUGAUUGAUGUUUACUCCCAGUCUUAUCAUGACACGCUAACUGACAAUGCAGCUUUGUGAAUGAACUUCGCUCCUCUUUAAAAUUUGCAGGAAACACUACAAGCCUAACUGAGGGUUGUUUGAAUACAUGCUAACCUCUGCUGUUAGAGGUCGUUGCGUAACAUAAAUAGAAGUAGUGAUGGAACUUAUGGCUCUUUGAAGAGAACUGAAUCUUCAGGGAUGCGCUCACUUCAAGGAACCAUCCCAAUGAUCCGUUUUUGAAAAUGUAUAUGUAUUUUCUGAGAACGAGCCAUAAUGGUUUUUGCGGGUGAAGUUCACAAAAAAAAGUUAAGUCAUCCGUAUCAAGUAACCGCAGUAUGACAGAAACAAUCAGGUCGCGCACAGAGCCGCCAUGACACGUGACGAAAACACACGGGUAGCAGCUGGAACGUGCUCUGUGUGCUCAUAGAUCGAGCCCUUUGUUUCUAUUUUCUUUUGUCUAUUUCAUUAAUUCACUGAUUGAAUGAAUAAAUUGUUUAGCUUAAAUUGAACAAGAAGAGCUACUUCAGUGUGUGUAGAGCUAACUGGGACUCGAGUCCUAUCGUUUAGUGUAAACAGCUGCUCAGAAGAAUUGGAUUGCACAUGAACGUCACCGUCUUCAUUUUUUUUGCCGUUAUAUCUGACCGUUCAAUUACAAAUAAACAUUUGCACAACAGCAUCAGUGUUGAGGAAUUGUUAAAAAUGUAUUAAGUGGCUUCAUCAAGGUGCACACCUGGCUGAAAUCUGUUUCCCGUGCUGAAGCCACCAGCGGCAAAGCAGAUCUAGGCCAACUGUUUUCCUCGCGGUAUGUCUGCCGAGUGCAAGUGUACUUUGUGGGCCAGAACUGGGCCAGACCACUUUUGCUGUGUGGGUUUUCCAACAUGACUGGUACCCCUGUGCUUUUUCAGCAAGUUGAGCAAAAAUAGCUGAUCUGUUCAACUACAGGCGAGUCUUUAACCCCCCCACACGCAUCUCUGAGAGCUUUAACAUCCAUCACUGUUAUUUUCAUAGACCACCUAAACACAACAAGAGAGCUCAAGGCUGCAUUCACACCAGCCCUGUUGAGUCCACUUAAAUUGAACUCUGGUUUGUUUGCCUAGAAAGUCCGGCUUGUUUGGGGAAUUUUGAAUGCGAAAAAAUAAGUAAAUAAAUAAAUAAACUCUUGUCUGUUUAAAAACCUCAGUCCUGGUUUGAUGGAAGUGAACUCUAGUGGGGUUCGAAUAAAUCUGUGACUGUCAAGCUGACCAGAGACCGCUCCUAAAGCAGGAAGCAAACUACAGCGCAGGGGAUUCUGGGUAAAUAAAACCAAAGCAAACGUGAGAGUCUAGGGCUGGCGGGGGACAUGACUCAUGGUCUUUUUAUCAACUACAAAAGUACACCAACUAAAAUCGGACACCACGCCAUUUUUGUUACAUCUUGUGAAGAAGGAAGUUGUGCUCAGUGUCUUCAGAGGGUUUCCUGUCAUUUCCUUGAGUAGUUAUUUGUGUAGCGCCUCCACAGGCAAAGGGGUGAACAGGUUUUUCAGAGGUUUUGGAUUGUCUGACAAAGUGAAACGCACCACCUGAAAAUGUAACAAAGGUUGAAAUUUUGGUUCCCAAUCGAACCGAGUCUUUCGGCUAGCAGGUGUUGAGAGGCCCUGAGCUUUGGAGAUGCUACGUCAUUCCGCAUCAAAAUGUGACUGUUCUUAAGACCCUUUUCUUGUUUUUAACACAUUCGUUUUGUUCAAUAGUUGACCAAUGUACUGUAUAAUUGCAAAAUGAACAGAUUAAAAGUAUUAUUCACUUCAUUUCCUCAAUGAAGUGGUCAUAAUAUUAUGCCUUGUUGGAAUAAUUUAAUACAUCUAAGGUUUGAUCUUUGUCACAAAUUUGUGAGAUGCCCUGAUUGAGAUGCCGCUGGUGCUGUCCCUUUAGAAAAAUAAGUGGGUUGUGUUAUGACAACCACCAUCAUGAAUGGAAAACAUUUUUUUCAGGCCACUUGAGCAAAACAACUGUCAACAGUGAUGACAGUAAGGGGAAAAAAAGUUACAUUAAAUGUCUACUGGACCCUUAAACAAUCUCAUGCAACAUUCCAAAUAUCACUCACUGAUUGUAGGCCGGAAUUGUGUAAACUAUGGAAACAUAUCUUUGGAAUAUUAAUUCAAUUCAGAAAUUUAAUGACUAAAAUUAUUGAAUUGAAUUAAUGAAAUGAAAAAAGACAAAUCUCAUUCAUUGAGCCACACAUCUUAUUUUCAGAACAUUUUCAUUACAUUUUCCUCAACUAAACAUUUCUGAAACAGUAUCAAAACUAACGCAAAGCUUCAAGAAUUUCAAGUGUUUUCUGUUUUAGAAAUUGUUAAAAGCUUCAGCUGUGAACAGUGCUGGAAUAUUAGGAUUAUGCUGGAUUUUGCAUGCAGUAUGAUGGUGAAAUUGUUUUUUUUUAUUUGGAAGAAGAGCUUAUAACAUUAAAAAAGUGUCAAAAUCUAAGGAAAUUCUAAGAGCAUCAUCACUUUAAUAUAGUAAGCUUUCUAAAAGCUCAACUACUUCCUGUGAAUGUUGCUGAACAAGAUCAGACAAACCACUAUGAUUUUUUUUUUGUUUGUACUGUUUUGCAUGUGUGCUGUGACCUAUUUAUUGAACUGUGCACGGUCUUAAGCAGCGUCCUGUUGUGAGUAAAAGACGUCUGCUGGCUUGAAAACAGUACGUUGACCUAUUAAAAAAAAGAAAAGGCAUUUUCAUUCUUCACAUACUGUAAUAUCAAUGCUGGCCACUUGUUGUUCUUUUUUUUUUGUUGUUCGUUGUCUUUUCUUUUCAAAACAUGUCAGACAGGAAUUGAUCAGCAUUUUGGUCAGGAUGUUUCAUUCGCUUAUUUAUUUUUACAUUUAUGAGUCAAAAGUAUUUUCCUCCAUUGUUAAAUUGAAAAGUGACACGUGCAAAUAUGAAAAGUACGUCACUCAAAAACCACUUUUCUAAAUUCUCUUGACAUCACCGGUAAAAUCUGUCACCAGGAUUUCCCAUUUUCAUGCGUUUCGUCUUUUCUGACCACACGUUUGAAUCUGAGUCGUGAUGUUUUGUAGAUGCGCUCAGAUUUGAAGAAGUUUGGUAAAUACAUAACUAUUUACCAAAGUGUCCUUUUUGCCAUGACUGUACUUAGAGCCAUACUAUUUUGACUUAGAAAUUCUCCUUCUUCAGGUAUUGUUUGCAGCAGUCCAAAUACUAAAUUAAAAAACAAACUUGUAAAUAUCUUUAUACCAGUAAAAAAAAAAAUUAAAAUUGACUAACAGGGGAAACAUUAAGAAACAUACAGAGUUUAUGAAAUUUGAAGUGAAGUGAUUUCAGUUAAGGUUAUUUGGUAAUAACGCAAAAGAGAACAAGGAACUAGAUGCUCUUGCAACAGCGUUAACGACUGCUGACUUUCCCUUAUAUCUAUUGUGAAGUAUAGGGGAGAUGGAUGCAUUUCUUUACAUGGUUUACAAAUGAAAAUCUGAAAUGUGUGGAAAGCCUUUGUAUUUUGUAUUGGAUGUAAAUUCAGAAACUAGG